CCAAGCCCACACUUGACAAAUCUAAGUUGUGCUCUCAUGGAGAAAAAUCUAUUUCUCUGCAUUUUCUUAGCUUUCUUACUUCAUUUUUUGACACUUUACUUCGUUCAUGCUCGAGUAACUGACAUUUCCACAGACAAACAAGCUCUUCUUGCCCUGAAAGCUCGUAUAAGCCAUGAUUCAAGCAAUUUGUUGGCCAGCAAUUGGUCCACAAGUUCUUCUGUUUGUCAUUGGAUGGGCAUAACUUGUGGUGCUCGUCACCUUCGAGUAACAGCUUUGAAUAUUGCUCACUUGGGUCUCACAGCCGCCCUUCCUCCUCAACUGGGAAAUCUAUCUUUCCUUUCAAGGCUCAACAUCACAAACAACAGCUUUUAUGGCUCUCUCCCUGAGGAAUACGCUCAGUUACGUCGACUGAAAUACCUUGUUUUAAAUAAUAAUAGCUUAUCGGGUGAGCUCCCUGCAAGCAUUUUUGAUUAUCUUCCCAAUUUGCAGCUGCUUUAUUUGCAUUUUAACAUGUUCGAAGGAAAAAUACCAUCGACCUUAUCAAAAUGCAGAAGCUUGCAACGCUUAUCCUUGUCACACAAUAAUUUCAUCGGAGCCAUUCCGAAAGAAAUUGGAAACUUGACUCAACUGAGACAGAUCUUUCUUGGAUUCAACAAACUCCAGGGAGAAAUUCCAACAGAACUUGGCAAUCUUGCGAAGCUGGAGGUAUUAUCACUGGUAAAUAGUGACUUAACAGGAACUAUUCCAACCAGCUUGGGGCGAUGUGGAAUGCUUCGUUUUCUUUUGUUGUCGAACAACCAAUUGCAAGAACAUAUUCCAAGAGAAAUUAGGAACUUGACAUUAAUCGAGUCUCUAUUUCUAGACUCGAACAAAUUAACAGGUGAGAUACCGUAUGAAAUUGGCAAUCUUCAUAAUCUUGUGGAGUUGGCACUUUCAUUUAACCACCUAGUUGGCCUUGUCCCAGCUACUGUAUUCAACAUUUCAACAAUGCAAGCACUUUCAUUAUAUGGCAAUCAACUCUCCGGAAUUCUUCCAUCAAUUGCAGACUUUCCAAACCUUGAGGAUCUUUACUUGUGGGAGAAUAAUUUCAGUGGACCACUUCCCGAUUUCAUCACCAACGCUUCCAAGCUCUCCUGGAUAGAUAUCUCAUCUAACUCAUUCUCAGGCUUCAUUCCUGGUACAAUUGGUAAUUUAAAAAAUCUUGAGAUACUACUUUUAAGAGAUAAUUACCUCAUAUCUACUCCUGAUUUGAGCUUUCUUUCCAAUUUGACAAAUUGCAAGAGUUUAAGAGUUCUGGAUUUAGGAGAAAAUCCACUAAAUAGCAUCCUUCCAAGUUCCAUAGGGAAUCUUCCUAUUUCUUUGGAAAAAUUUUACAUAAAUGGUUGCAACAUUAGUGGCAAAAUUCCCGAAGAAAUUGGAAACUUGAAAAACUUGCUAAAACUACAAUUACAAGAUAAUGAAUUUAUUGGACCAGUUCCAGCAACCAUGGAUGGAUUGCAGAAUCUCCAAGGUUUGUAUCUUCAAAAUAAUAAAUUUGAAGUACUCAUCCCAGAUGUAUUUUGUCAUUUAAAUGUAUUGAAUGAGUUGGAUUUAGGCGGAAACAAGUUUUAUGGAGUCAUACCUGCAUGUAUUGGCAAUCUCACUACACUGAGAAUGUUGUCCUUAAGUUCAAACAGGUUAACUUCUUUUAUACCAUCAACUUUUUGGAACCUUAAGGAUCUCUUGUACUUUAAUUUGUCAUCAAAUUUUCUGGACGGAUCUCUUCCAUUAGACAUUGGAAAUCUUAAGGCUGCCAUAGCUAUAAAUUUGUCAAGGAAUCAUUUUUCAGGAGAGAUUCCAAUUGCUAUUGGAAGCCUAGAAAAUCUACAAUCUCUCGCCUUAGAGUACAACAGAUUACAGGGCUUCAUUCCUGACACAUUUGGCAAAAUGAAAAGUCUAGAAUUCUUAGAUUUAUCUGGAAACAAUCUUUCUGGAUCGAUUCCCAAGUCUUUGGAGGCACUCUUGUACCUCAAAUUUCUAAAUUUAUCUUUCAACAAAUUAAGUGGUGAAAUUCCUAAAGAAGGGUCCUUCAAAAAUUUCUCAGCUGAAUCAUUUAUGGGGAAUCUUGCAUUGUGUGGCACUCCUCAAUUACAAGUUCCACCAUGCAAAAAAAGCAAUCAUAAAAAAUUGAGGACUAAAAUUAUUUUCCUGUCGAUUCUUUUGCCAACAAGCAUUGCAAUAGCUCUAGUUGUCCUGGUUCUUAUGAUCCGAAAAAAGAAAACAAGGCCACCUACCAAUGUUGAUAUCUCUUCAGGAGGAACACGGAGAAGAAUUUCUUACCUGGAACUUAUGAGAGCAACAGAUGGAUUCAGUGAGAACAACCUACUUGGCAAAGGAAGUUAUGGUUCAGUUUACAAAGGAACAUUAGAUGAGGGGAUGGAGAUUGCAGUAAAGGUAUUCCACUUGGAUUUUGAAGGAGCUCUUACAAGUUUUGAAAUUGAAUGUGAAGUAAUGAGAAGUCUUCGUCAUCGAAAUCUUGUAAAAAUCAUUAGCAGCUGUUCAAACGACGAUUUUAAAUCUUUGAUACUAGAAUACAUGCCUAAUGGGAACUUGGAGAAAUUGUUGUUUUCUGAGCCGAAUGUAUUGAACAUUUCUCAUAGACUGAAUAUAAUGAUUGAUGUUGCUUCAGCUUUGGAAUAUCUUCAUUUUGGCUAUUCAUUCCCAAUCAUUCAUUGUGACUUAAAGCCAAGCAAUGUCUUACUAGAUGAAAAUAUGGUUGCACAUUUGAGUGAUUUUGGCAUUGCAAAACUCUUAGGUGAAGAAAACUCCAUGACACAGACAAAGACACUUGCCACCAUUGGUUAUAUGGCACCAGAAUACGGAAGAGAAGGAAAAGUAUCUAGAAAAGGAGAUGUGUACAGCUAUGGUAUCAUGCUAAUGGAAACAUUUACAAAGAAGAAGCCAACAAAUGAAAUGUUUACAGAAGAAAUGAGCUUAAAGAGGUGGGUUGGUGAAUCAUUAUGCAGCACAGUGAUGCAAGUACUGGACACAAAUUUGCUUACAAGGGAUGAUGAACAUUUCUCCAGCAAGGAAAAGUGUAUGUCGUCUAUAUUGAGCUUGGCCAUGGAGUGUACAAGAGAAUCACCUCAGGACAGGAUCACUAUGAAAGAAGUAGUAACAAGACUCACCAAAAUCAGAGCCGAACUUGGAAAAAUCGGAACAAGAAGAGGCAGAAGGGUUUUGAAUUUAGGCUAAUUUCUUUUUAUCUUCAUUGAGAAUAAAGUUUUAAUCCAGAGAACUGGAUGAACUGGCUAACCAACGUCCCAUCAAUUGGAAGGCUUGAGUUUAGCAACCUUCUACCUCUUCCAUGAGUUUGAUAACAAGUGCAUUCAUGUUAUAAGGUUAACUUUGAUUUUAAAAAAAAAAGUGCUUGCAAUGA